AUAGACUUGCAUAGAUAAUUCUAAAUAAAUACAAAAACUUCAAUAUGAAAAUUCAUCUUUGCAGUUUGCUGGUCGUCACAUUAGGUAGUUCUAUUCCUGGGGCAGCUUGCCUCGGCGGAAGAGACGACGACUGAUACAUGGAAUAACUUCUAUGAAAACCCCAUGAACAGCAUGAACGACCGCAAACAAAUAAGCAAACUAUUAUGGCAUUUAUAUCGCUGGAUGAGGUUGACCCUAGAACGCGUAGAUAUAACGUGGAAAGAACUCAGACCAAUACAUACAAGAUUAUUAGAAACCAGCCGCCAUCAGCCGAGAGCGUUUGAGAAGGGUUAUAUAAUGGGGGACAUCGUUCAUUGUUACAGGAAAGCGGUUGUAUUCGCACACAAGCAGAUGACUCCAAACCGGUACCUGGAGUCAGAGAGGAUUCGUUACAUGACUUAUGUCCAGAACGCAUACCUCAAGAUAUACCAUCUCACGCAUAUGAUGCAUGAGAUCGACCCUAAAUAUAACACUGAAAAUGGAGGUCAAAUCAGCUUAGAUUACAUGAACGUAGUAUUCCAAUCAAAGACGCCGUCAUACUACAACACAUCUGGCUUCGAAUACACUGAACAGUUGAAUGCGAUAAGGGAAGCGAGAGUGAAAGAGAGAAGAAAGAAGGUUAUGCGGGAGAAGAGAAUACGGCAGAAGGAGAUGGAUACUAUGAACAAGGUUUACCCGGGGACUAUUAAGACUACGACUAACUGGUGGCCUAUGAACUAUGGUUGGGACAUUGACUAUUACUGGUAAUUGUAACCCAUUACUGGUAACCUCUCCGUUUACUUUUAAGUCUCUGUAUUCCUGAACGAAUUUAUAA